AUGGCUUCAGAAUUGGAAAUCUCUUCCACCUUCAUUCCAGCACUAUACAAACCGGCUGCUUUGCUACCAAUUGCAAGACAUCGCCUAAGCUUGCUUUAUCUCGUCGAAACAUACCCUGUCACGAUCGUCGUUGGACAAACUGGCAGCGGAAAAACAACGCAGCUGCCACAGUAUCUAGAUCAAGCGGGAUGGUGCGCAGAUGGAAAGGCCAUAGCUGUCACACAGCCGCGUCGGGUGGCUGCCACUACUGUCGCAGCUCGAGUGGCCGAGGAGAUGCGCUGCAAAUUAGGCGAAGAAGUGGGAUAUUCGAUUCGUUUUGAAGAUGUGACAUCUGCUUCAACAAGAAUCAAGUUCCUAACUGAUGGGAUGUUGCUCAGAGAGGUUCUCGUAGAUCCCCUUCUAUCUCGCUAUUCGGUAAUUAUGGUCGAUGAGGCACAUGAGCGAUCACUGAGUACCGAUAUUCUUCUUGGAAUACUCAAAAAGAUCAUGAAGAGACGCCCAGACAUCCGGAUCGUGGUUAGUAGUGCGACUUUGCAGGCUGAAGACUUUCUGAAAUUUUUCGCCGGGGAUGAAUCCCAGGGCGACGGAGAAGUCGGCGAACUGGGAGGAAGCAUCGGGAAAAUUAUUAGUCUUGAGGGACGAAUGUAUCCUGUGGACGUUCUGUACCUCGAAAACCCAGCAGAAGAUUAUGUGGAACGAGCCGUCAAAACUGUAUUUGACAUACAUUUGCAAGAAGGGGACGGUGAUAUUUUGGUUUUCCUGACUGGCCGAGAGGAGAUCGAGACCACAAUUCAAUUGAUAACCGAACGCGCUGCUACUCUGCAUCCCAAAACACCGGCUCUUCUACCGCUUCCUCUUUAUUCUGGCCUCACAACGGAUCAGCAGAUGUACGUCUUCGAGCCAGCCCCUGAAAACACACGCAAGGUCAUCGUGUCGACCAACAUCGCAGAAGCCUCGGUUACUAUUAACGGUAUAGUAUACGUCGUCGAUUGCGGAUUCGCCAAGCUCCGAGCCUAUAAUCCAAGCACAGGCAUAGAGACAUUGACGGCUGUCCCGAUAUCAAAAGCAGCCGCAGUUCAGCGAGCAGGUCGCGCUGGUAGAACGAAGCCAGGCAAGUGCUUCCGUUUGUACACUCAGCAGGCCUAUGAGAAAUUACCGGACGCUACCGUUCCUGAAAUCCAACGAUCGAACCUGGCCCCUGUGAUCAUGCAGCUCAAGGCCCUGGGUAUUGACAAUAUAGUACGAUUCGAUUUCUUGACACCUCCUCCUGCAGACUUGGUGAUACGUGCCUUUGAGCUUCUUUACUCGCUUGGAGCAGUGGAUGACUAUGCCAAACUUACGAAUCCAUUGGGGAUGCGAAUGGCCGAACUCGCCUUAGAUCCCAUGUUGGCUAAAGUCCUUCUCAGCGCUCGAUCCUUCAACUGUUUGAGUGAGAUCCUUUCCAUAGCUGCUAUGAUCAGUCUCCAAGGUUCUGUGUGGGUGCAGCAUGAAGGUGAUAAGAAGUCGGCGGAGAGCAGCCGCAGAAGGUUUGCCGUUGAAGAAGGGGAUCACUUGGCCUACCUCAAUGUGUACCAGGCGUUUGUCACGAAAGGAAAGAAAGACCCCAAAUGGUGUCGGGAUAAUCUCUUAAAUUAUCGGUCGAUGCAACGAGCUGUUAGCAUAAGAGCCCAAUUAAAACGCUACCUUGAGCGCUUUGGGUAUCAAGUGGACGAGACUCUCUCUGGUCGCCAAGGAACGGCUGAUCUAGCCAGACCGGCCGAGCAAAUCCAAAGAUGUCUGACGACUGGCUACUUCGCACAUGCUGCAAAGAUGCAGCCCGAUGGGACUUUCAAAACGGUCAGCGGAGGGCUUACCCUACAUGCGCAUCCAACUUCCUUAAUGUUUAACCGUAAAGCAGAUUGGGUCAUCUUCCAUGAGAUAUUGCAAACCGGUGAGAAAACAUAUAUUCGUGACAUCACCAAGAUCGAGAAGAGCUACCUGCUCGAGUAUGCACCGGAUUUUUACAAAAUCCAGUGA